AUGCAAAGUGAUGAUCCCGAAUCACUCUCCAUCUUUCUUUCAUUUAAUAUUAAAUCAUUCUUGAAUAUUACAACUGUUAAAAUAUCAUCACUCUACACGAUAGUUGAUUAUAUUCAAUACGGUUUGAAUGAUCUAUUCUUGAAACAUAUAGAUCAACUUUGGUCAUUAAUGUUUACCGAUGGUAGAUAUACAAAUAAUAGUGAUCAUAAUAAAUUAAAUAGAAUAAUAACUAUAGCAAUUCAUUUCAAUAAUGAUAGAGCAUUGAAAUACUUGAUAAAUAGAAUAAGAAAGGAGAUUGGACCAUUUCAAACAAUGGUUAAAGUCAAUUAUAAUCAUGGAUAUGUUAAACAAGGUUAUGAAAUGGAUGUACUAUGUCUUUGUUCAAUGGUGUUUAAUUUGUUGGUACAAGACAAUAUAAUCAUUGAAUCUAGUGACUUGAUGAAAAGAAUGGUAAAGACUGCGGUACUUGUUAUUGGAGAUGUAGAUAUAGUUAGAACCUUGUUUAAACGUUAUAAUCGUCAGUUUGGUCACUUGUAUACUGAACGCUAUCCACUUGGGAGUACGACGCCAUCAAAGAUCUUUACGCUUUUACAAAGAAUGGAUGACCAACAGUUUAUCAAUUUGUAUGAAGUGACUAGAAAGUUGAAUGGUCAAACUAUCGAUGGAACUACAUAUGUAGCCGUACAAUCAAUGAUUCUCAACCGUCCGAAUAUUACAAAGCAUAUGUGUAUGUCGAUGGGUGACCAACUUAGAUCAUCAAGGAUUGUUGGACAAGAUAAGGGAUGGAACAGACACCAACUUUUUAAAAUACAUUACGUCACCACUGACCUACAAAAAUCGAACGUUGGAGAAAUCAAUCACAUUGAAAUGGAGUUUUCAUCUGUCAUUGGAAAACGGUGCAACUGA